AUGGGUGACCGGGAGUCAGGGGGUCCCCGGCAGGCCCGGAGCAGGGUGUCGAGGCUGCUGCACUUGGGGAAGCACCCAGUGACCCCCUCGUGUCCCCCCCAGGCGCACAAGGAGCCGGAGGAGCCGCCCGAUCCCAUCUACCUCAACAUCCAGGAGCUGCGGGAAGAAGCCGCCGCUGCCAGCUCGGUGCCGGAGGAGCCCGGCGGGUCCGUGUCGGACUGGGAGACACACACGGACACGGAGAGUGGACAUUUGUUUUAUUAUAACCCCACGACGGGAGAGACCACGUGGGAUUGUCCCUUUGGGCAGGCGGCCGACGGAGUGAGUCCCGCCGCCUCUCCCGCCUCCUCGCUCGCACACAGCCCGGAGUUUCCCGAGUGGGAGCAGCACGUGGAUGAAGGAAGCGGACAGACUUUUUUCUAUAAUUCGGUAACAGGUGAGACGUCGUGGGACCCCCCCACUGCGGGAGACGCAGGCAGCCCCCAGGAUAUGUACCCUGGGGGGACACGGUACAGCCCCACGGAGCAGAGGCCUCCCACUCCAGAAACAGACUAUCCCGACCUGUCUCCAGAUGAGCUGGAGGGUUAUCCCGAGGAGGAUUACUCGCCCAUGGGCUCCUACGACCAGGGGUCCACUCUCUGCCUGUCCCCAAGGCGCCCUGAGGAGCUGGGCUCACCCCCGGGCUGGUACGGGCACGGCCACCACGAGGGAGUCGUGUUCUACGCUGAGCACUUCUCUGACACGGUGCCAUCAGGUGGCCGCCACCACCGUGCCAGCAGCGGCUCCAGCCAGGACAGCGGGCUCUUCGCCUGGCACGGCACCGUGUCACCGGCACUGGGCAUCAAGGAGGAGAAGUUCAAGAGCCUCGAAAAAGCCGGGGUGCUCAACCGGACCAAGACGGUGGACAGAGGGAAGCGGCUCCGGAAGAACUGGAGCUCCUCCUGGACGGUGCUGGAGGGGGGGAUCCUCACCUUCUUCAAGGACUCCAAGCACUCGGCUGCCGGUGGCUUGCGGCAGCCCAGCACCCUGACCACCCCCGAGCACACGGUGGAGCUGCGUGGGGCCGCCCUGGCUUGGGCUGGCAGGGACAAGUCCAGCAAGAAGAACGUCCUGGAGCUGAGGACGCGGGAGGGCUCCGAGUUCCUCAUCCAGCACGACUCGGAGCAGAUCAUCACCGCCUGGCACAGGGCCAUCGCCGACAGCAUCGGCCGGCGGGGCUCCGACAUCCCCGGAGAGGAGGACGCCGAGAGCGGGGCUGAGUUCGGCUCCCGGGAGAAGCUGGGGAGCGGCGAGGAGAGGAGGGCGGUGGCCGGGCAGGGGCCGGGCAGCGCCAGCGCCGAGAGCGACUCCAGCAGAGUUCGGAACAAACUCCGCAAGUUCCUGCAGAGGCGGCCGACGCUGCAGAGCCUGAGGGAGAGGGGCUACAUCAAGGACCAGGUGUUUGGGUGCUCGCUGCUGGCGCUGUGCGAGCGGGAGCGGGGGACGGUGCCGCGCUUCGUCCUGCAGUGCAUCCAGACCGUGGAGAGGAGAGGUCUGGACAUCGAUGGGCUAUACCGGGUCAGUGGCAACCUGGCCACCAUCCAGAAACUGCGCUACAAGGUGGAGCACGACGAGCAGCUGGACCUGGAUGACGGGCGCUGGGAGGACAUCCACGUUGUCACCGGGGCGGUGAUCGAGCACAGGGAGGAGAACAGGAUGUCGGUGCAGAGCGUCGCCAUCGUCUUCGGGCCCACCCUGCUGCGGCCGGCGAGCGAGGAGGGCAACAUGGCCAUGCACAUGGUCUUCCAGAACCAGGUGGUGGAGCACAUCCUCAACCACUACGGCUACAUCUUCCCGGAGGGAUAAACCCCCAGGACACACCCUCAGCAGUGGGGACUUGACGGAGCAGCUCCUCCAGGAAGGACUCAGAUGUGUCACCGCAGACGAUGGGAGGUGGCCGUGGCUCUACGAAGGACAGAAUGGUGGCCCAGCUCAAGGGAUGGGCACCCCCAGGGGUCCUCCUCGGCCACCCACUCCUACGGGGGCCGGAUCCACCCCAGGGGGGUGUGGGGUUUGUGGGGCCCCCACUGGUCAAUGGACUAUGGAGCCCUGUGGUCCACAGCUUGUCGGGGCCAGCGGCAUUCCCGGGAUGAGAGGAUGGAGGUGCCCAGGCUGGCAGUGCCUGCAGGGACAUGGCACCAGCGGGAGG